AAGAUAUGAUGUUGUCUCUGGCAUCUUUAACUCUGCUAGUAUCGACCGCCUUAGCUCAAUCUUCCUUCUCUCCAACGAGGCCACCAGCGAUACCUCUUGCUGUUUCCAACCCAUAUCUAAAUACCUGGCAGCAGGCUGGUAGUGAUGGCGGUAACGGCCUUAUUAAAGUCGAUGGAGGCGCUGCAGUAACAUGGAUGGGCGCUCCUAGUGGACCCGCUGUUGCUACACAGACGAACUUCGAGUAUACUUCGACCAGAUCCGUCUUUACCUUCUCAGUGGAUGGCAAAGUGGGAAUUAAUGUGACCUUCCUCUCUCCAGUCGAACCUACUGAUCUCAAGCGCCAAUCUAUCCCAGCAUCUUACAUGAACGUUGAUGUAUUCUCGAUCGAUGGUGCUGAGCACGAUGUCCAGCUGUACUCGGAUGUCUCUGCUGAAUGGGUUUCUGGAGACAGGUCUGCUGUUGCACAGUGGGACUUUGGCACUAUCAAGUCUGCUGUUUCAAAGCGUGAUUUGAACACAAGCCCUUCAAAGAUGCAGACAAUGACUAUUCCUGCAUCCUCGAUUGCCUCUUCAAACCUCUCAGCUACGACAAGUGUAUCUCAGACCACAGUAUCUUCAUCUACAACAUCUGCUUCUGCAACGGGGAAUGCGCCCGCUGACGGGGUCACCUAUCAUCGCUUUUAUCGCCAGAACCAGCAGGUCUUCUCUGAGAAUGCGGACCAAGCGAGCUGGGGUGACUGGAUCUAUGCAUGUAAUCAUGACGGCAUGACCUACUCGAAUGGUGGUGUCGACGUGGAUGUUCGUGGAGCAUUCAUCGAUAACGGUACACUCAACAACGAUCUGAAUACUGAUUACAGAGCAAUCAGCAACCAGUGGCCAGUUUUCGCUUUUGCUCUUGAUCUCGGAAAUGUGGGAAGUAGCCCAGCGUCAGCGUUGUUCACAUUGACCCUAGCUCAAGAGCAAGCCAUCCAAUUUGAGUACGAGAAAGAAAAAGUUGAGCAGCUGCCACCCCUCUGGACAAGCUACUUCUCAAACGAGCUCGACCUGGUCUCAUUCUUCUACAAUGACUGGACCAAUGCUCAGUCGACCGCAAGCAGCAUCGACAAUAAAGUCAUCACAGACUCGUUGGCAAACGCAGGGCAAGACUAUCUUACCAUCACCAGUCUCGCAGUCCGUCAAGUCUUCGCCACUACACAACUCGCUGGCUCGCAAGAUUCUUACUACCUCUUCCUGAAGGAGAUUAGCAGUAAUGGUGACAUGCAGACUGUCGAUGUCAUCUUCCCUGCUUUCCCACUCUUCAUGUACUUCAAUCCAGAUCUCGGCCGUUUGCUCCUUGAACCGCUGUUCAUCAAUCAGGAGACUGGCAACUGGCCAAAUGCAUACGCGAUUCACGAUCUAGGCGUUUUCCCCAAUGCUACUGGCCACAACGACGGCAAUGCUGAAGAGCAGCCAUUGGAAGAGUGUGGCAACAUGAUUAUCAUGGCUCUCGCCGUAGCUCAGAAAGUCAGUAGUGGUGUCGACUACCUGAACCAACACUACAGCCUUCUCAAGCAAUGGAACGACUAUCUUGUCAUUGACUCUCUGAUCCCUUCGAACCAAAUCUCUACCGAUGACUUUGCUGGUUCGCUAGCAAACCAGACCAAUCUGGCACUCAAAGGCAUCAUCGGUAUCGAAGCUAUGGCCAUGAUUGCAAACCUGACCGGUCACACUGAAGACGCACAAAACUUCACCGGCAUCGCUCAUGACUACAUUACCAAAUGGCAGCAAUUGGGCAUCGCGAAAGGCACAAAUGGUUCGCUUCCACAUACAACCCUAGCGUAUGGUAUGCCGGAGACUCACGGCCUGCUCUACAAUCUCUACGCCGAUACCUGGGUUGGUACGAACCUGGUGCCUCGCAGCGUGUACAAGAUGCAAUCAAGCUUCUAUCCAACCAUUGCAAUGCAAUAUGGUGUCCCUCUUGAUACCCGUCAUAGCUACACAAAACUCGACUGGGAGAUCUUUGUCGCUGCUGUUGCCUCACCCUCUACCAANAAACUCUUUAUCUCCAAGAUUGCCUCUUGGAUUGGCAAAACACCAACCAACAGACCACUUACAGAUCUCUACGAGACAGAAAGCGGAGAUUAUCCUGGAGGCUUGAACUUUGCCGCGAGACCGGUCUUGGGAGCCGUAUUUGCUCCGCUGUUGGUCGGACAAGGUCCACUCGGG